AUGCAAGCUGACAAGAGUCCGAGCCCUGGUGAUUUCAAUCCAGGUUUUUAUCAUCAAUUUUGGUACACUUGUGGGAUUGAAAUCUUUAAUGCUAGUUGUGCUUGGUUGGAGAGUGGUAUUUUCCCUCAUAGUCUUAAUAUGGCGAAUAUUACUCUUAUUCCUAAAGGUGAAGUUCAAACUUCCUUGAAAGACUGGGGACCGAUUUCUCUCUGUAAUGUGUUGUAUAAAGUUAUAGCAAAAGUUAUAGCUAAUCGGCUAAAGAGAGUCCUUGAUAAGUGUAUUUCGGAUAAUCAAUCAACUUUUUGUCCCUGGUAG